GCCUGCUACGGUUUAGGUUUCGGUACUCAACAGUUUUCUCAACCUUUUCGGUUCGUCUGCUCUUCAGCUGUUCCUACCUUUCUCGGUGUUAUCAUGAAGUGCUUUGUUCUAGCUGUCCUUUGCUUCGCUGCAGUGGCAAUUGCACAGGAAGUACCGCAAGUAAAUUGGGGAAAAUGCCCAGAGCUGGAGCCAACUGCCGAAGAACAAAAAUCAAAAGGCGAAGUGAUCCAGCAGUGCCUGGAGAAGAACCCUCCUCCAGCUGAAGGUGCUAGCCUCACUCAGGAACAAAUUGAUGCUCAUCGGGAAACUAUCACUACCUGUGCUUUGAAGACUGAAGGAUGGUUUGGUGCUGACAACAAAUACAACUACCAGAGAGCCAGAAAAGAAAUCCAAAGCAAGAACUUGAAACCUGAAGCUGAAAUCUUGGCUAAACAUGAUGAAUGCAGCAAGGAAGCAAAGGAAAACUUCCCUGACAACAACAUUCCUCAAGUUCAGCUCUACCAAGCUUGCAUGGACUUUCAUAUCACAAAGAUCUGUGAAAUCAAGAUCACUCCUCCAGCAACUGAAGCACCUGCAGCAGCAUCUGCUUAAGUUAAGCUUCUUCUGCUCCAGUUGAUAUCUAAGCACUUCCAGCUCAGAGUGCUCAGAGUAAUCAAAUAUCAAAAUUUGUGAUAAAACAAAAAACAAAUCAUGUACUUUCAAGAAAAGAUUCGAUGAUGUGAAUCAGAUGAAUCCAAGUUUUUAGUUUUGUAAAAAAUUCUCAUCUGAAAAUGUAUAUUGUGUAGAGAAACUUUCAUAGUACUUUUAAGCUGGAGAAUUUUGUGAUGUAAUAAACUGUUCUAUGUUUUUAA